UCCUCAUGUAAUUCGCGAUUUUCCCUCAGAAGGAUAUAAUUGCCAAGGAUAUAAUCGUCGUUCGAUUACCAAGACAUUUAGUUCGUAGAACGUCGAGGAGUGCGAAUAACAGAAGUUACGUGAGUAUGUCGAGACAUCUCGGAGUGCCACACACAGUCAGUGGCGUUACGCAUGGCGCGAAACAGAGAGAAGGAAAUCAAGCGAAAAUACUAAAUGUAUUCGGUCAUCAGGAUAUAUUUCGUUGCGCAUCAGUGCGUCUAAUGACUCGAUGGUUUGUGGAGAGUAAUCGUGAAACCGUGAAUCAGGAAGUAUCAGCGAAUCGCGUCCUCUGGAAGGUGAUUGAUAUUCAUUUCUAUCAAUGUUAACUUUCAUCUCGGUACUUUAACUUGCUCUUUUUUUGCUGAUACUUCGAAUGAGAAAAAGAUAAAAGGUCAUUUAGCCCAAGAUGAAAUUAAUUCACUUGGUAGAGACGGACGUAAGGACACAAAGGUGUCCAGGCAUCUUGAAAUCGCGAUGCGCGACGAUCGGUGGCGCGAAACCGAGCGCGACCGAGGAGACUCGAGACUAGCCGAAGGUACAUUCGAAGUACAUCGUUUCGCGCCGGUGGACGUGGGUGGUGUCGUUGCGAGGUUCGCGAUUUUCUGUGUGCAGAGGAAAAGAAAUCGGAAGAUAAUCCGACCCGAGAUCGGUUCCGGGGUCACUUUCUGUCGCUGGGCAUUAUCGGGAUAUCGAAACAAGUCGUAUAUUUGACGAGUCACACAUCGCGAACGCUUCGACGUAUCGCUGGGUUAGUUUCGCCACAGGUCAGUGACGUGAAGUUGAACGCGAUUGAAAAUAGAGUGAAGUUUGCUGAGGACCCGAGUUUUCGAAACCUGUCGUUUCAUGUUCAUCGAAUGUACACACAUGAAAAUCUUGAGGAGUGCCGCGAAUGUUUCUGAAUAUCCUGGAAAGUGCGUGUCGUGUGCGUUCGCUUUACCGCAUCUUUCUCUCGAUUCUACGGAGCGACGAGGAUAAUUUUUCCACGACAGACAGAGGAGACAGCGCUAACGAGGCUGAAACGAGAUGCCGCGGAUUCAGUGAGCCACUUGCUGCUCAGGUUAUGUUUUCUGAACGCAGCGUUUCCCGAUUGCAUUCUGCAGCUGGCGUAUACAUAGCUAACCUCAGAGCACGUCAGAGAACUCAGAGAGAGCGGGCGAUCGUCGUCAACAUGGCGGACGGCGACUUGCUCGUCACUAUUUCGGGCGCGGCGCUUUCGCUGCUGUUCUACGAAAAUGUGCGCAGUGUCGGCGAACAGAUGGGCUUUCUUCUCGGAGAAGCACUCGAAUUCAUCGUCAAGACCUACACUGACUCUGACAAUCAAGUGGAGACCGUCAAGAUUCAUAUUAACGUGGAGACCAUCGUGACAUGUCCUUUGAUUGAUCUUCUACAUGAUUCCACUGGCCGGAUUAAUAAAGAGAAAUUGAAAGAUUUUGUGCGUGAUAAAAGUAAACAGGUGAUUGGCUGGUUCCGCUUUCGCAGAAAUAGCAGUAGCUUGAUCCCAACAAUGAGGGACAAGUUAUUGCAUAAGCAAUUUGCCUCGCAUUUCUCUGGCGGAAACAACUGCAGGGAAGAUUUUUUCCUUGCCUGCCUCCUGAACGCCUCUACUUCCGAGACACGCGGCACCCACAAGUUCCGACACGUAUUUCUAAGGCAUAAGCGAGGAUUGUUUGAGCCGAUUCCUUUGAGAAUAAACAAUUUGGGCGAUGAUGCAUCUCGACAUGAUGGUUCAGAUUAUAAGCCAACACCUGUUAGAAAAUCUGCACACGCACCUGAUGGCUUCACUGAACUGAUAGAAUCAUUGAAGUUGGACAUGACAAGGCUAAGUGGAUUAGAUUCUGCUAUGAUGAUCCAGAAGGCCGCCGAACGACACCUGAUGUCACUGAUCCCGAAAGUGUGCGAGUCCGAUCUGGAAGUGACCGAAUUGGAGAGGCAAGUGCGUGAACUGAAAGACAAGAUCGCAGCGCAGCGAUUAACAAGGAAAACGAAGGUGAACGGUGAGAGCUACGAGAGGACCUCUAAAGCAAACAGGGAGAAUUGCUUAUCAGAGAAAAUCGAUUCUUCAACGAAAGACGAAAUGAAAAUCAGCGAUGACAUGCGUCUCCAAAGGGAUCACUCGUCCUGCGCCCAGUCACUUACCUCUAACAGCCGACCAUCGUGCCGCAAUACCGCCGUUUGUAUCGCUAAAAGCGUCAACCAGGAAAAAUCUCGUCGCUCAGGACGUGGCAAUCUUCCGCAGGAAGAUAGCAAUCAGCAGCAAAAUACGCAAGAUCUCUCGUUUACCAAUAGCAGGCGUCCCAUUCCGGAAAUCGUUACUGAAUCAAUUUGUCAAGAAGGUAGCGAGACAAGCGUAGGUAGAGGCAGAGGUAGCGGCCGAGGUAACCACGAAUUCACACCGGGAAUGAAGAAAGUACGUCGUAACUUAGGCACAUCUCAGGUGCAUUCCUCCCGGGAGAGAAGCGUCACUCCAGAACAGGAUUUCUCCGAUGCCGACAGUUCUGCUGCCGUACCCCUUAGCUCCCCCGUUGUCAGGUCUAUCAGCCAGGUAACAAAAAAGACAAAUCUGGAGAAAUGCAACAAAGCAAUGGCGUCAUUGGAUAUUUGAGUGAAGAAACCAAUCCUGGAAAAAUCACGCUUUCAGACUUUGUCAAACUUUAGACAUUUAAAAAUUCGAAUGUUUGAAAGAAUCUGAAAGAACAAGGGAAAAAGAGAGAUUCUAGUAUUAUGAAAAGUGCAAGAAGGAAAAUAAAGAAAAUCUAAACAUUGAGAAAGAAGACGAAAGUUACUAACUUUAAAAGGCUUAAGAGAAAUCUAAAUAGAAGAUGCGCUUGAAUUUCUUGAGAGAAUACGUUUACUCGGCGAUUAGAUGCGAUUUUCAAUUAUUCUCUUUAUAGGUGCCUUAAAUUUUGCGAAAAAAUUCAAGAAAACUUAAUUAAAGAUUUGGAAGAAUAUCAAUUACCUACAUUUUAUUUCUUAUUUCAUGUUUGUCAUUCGUUUUAUAAUGUUUAUUGUGCCAUUAAAUAUUUGUAUGAAGAGUUGAACAUGUUGUAUUACAAAAUCUGUAAGCUUGUAGUUAAUAUGCACUAAUUAUUAAAGAUAUUUUGUAAAUAAAGAGCGCAAAAUGAUUGUUAUUUCAUUUUGUGUUGUAUAAAUAAACAAUUGAUAAUAA